AUGUUGCUGUCGCCCUCCACGCUGCUGCGUCGUAGGUCGCAGGCGUGGUGCAAGGCUAACUGGCAGCUGUUUCGUUCCACCCUAAGUGCUCAUCACUGGGACGGCUCAAGGCGUUUUCUUGACCGCUUUGUCCGGGUUGCGCCGCGCACCGCAAUGAGAGAUAGAGCGUGGUCGACGCGUAACCUCUCAGCUGGCGUAGCACUGAACAAUGUCAGCGAUGGCACGGCUGUUGCAUGUAGACGAGGAAAGAAUAGAGGCAAAGGGAUAUGCACCCGCAUAUGCCGUCGCCUCCAUUACGACACGCACCGUUGCCAAUGCUUCUUGCCGUCGCAGUGGCCACGACGGGCGCUUCUCUUUCAACAUGGCGAAGCGCGAAACAGUGCGCUUAACGCCUUGCGACGGCUGACCCCGAAUCAUUUCAGCGUGCUCGCUGCGGCAGGGGAUAUGUGGCCAUGUCUUUACUGA